GUGUGACAGCAGCAGUCCGUACAUACAUCCUGUGGGCUGGUGUGAACAACAGGGACGACCUCUUACUGCACCGCAAGGUCACCCUAACCCCGAGAAUUUCCUGUGGGAGGAGUACUUACAGGAAACUGGUUCCACUGCUGCUCCCAAUUCAGCCUUCACACCGAGAGCUCCACACGGUUUCCAGGUGAACCAGAAACUGGAGGCGGUCGACCGGAGGAACCCCAUGUUGAUCCGUGUCGCCACAGUAACAGACACACAGGACUACAGAGUGAAGGUCCAUUAUGACGGCUGGUCUGAGCAGUUUGACGUUUGGAGUGACAGUGACCUUUGCGACCUUCAUCCUGUUGGCUGGUGUCAGCACACGGGACACUCCCUGGAGCCCCCCCCAGGCUCGUCCCCCCUGUCCUCCCCCUCUCAAGGCGUCUGUCCCACUCCGGGCUGCCGAGGAGUCGGACACAUCAAAGGAGCCAAAUACACCGGACACCACAGUGCCUUCGGCUGUCCAUACUCUGACAUUAAUAUGCGUAAAGACGUGCUGCUUCCUGACCGGCUGGGAGGAGAGAAGGUACUCACCCUCGUACCUGUCACCUUGUAUCACCAUGGCAACCAGUCAGACAGUAGCAGUGUCCAAGUGAAGACGGAGCCGAGUGAGGAGACGCUGUUGCUCCCCCUGGGCAAGAGGAGACGAUUGACGGACAGACUGCCCCAACCAACCAAAUUCCUCCGUGUGAAACAGGAAGAGGAGGAGCUUCACAUCAGAGCCCUCGGCCCAG